AUGGCGAACGACGAACUUCAAUCUCUAGAUUUAGGUUACGAUCCCAACUUCGUUCCUGAUUCCGUCAAAACCUUCGUCGUUCAUCUCUACCGCCACAUUAGAGAGAAGAAUGUAUACGAGAUCCACCAGAUGUACGAAAGCUCCUUCCAAUCUCUAUCGGAGCGUCUUUUCAAGGACACUCCGUGGCCUUCCGUCGACGCCGUCGCUCAGUACGUCGAUAACGACCAUGUGUUCUGUCUUCUGUACCGCGAGAUGUGGUUUCGCCACCUUUAUGCUCGUCUGACUCCUACUGUCCGCCAGAGAAUCGAUUCGUGGGAUAAUUACUGUAAUCUGUUCCAGGUUGUUCUUCAUGGGGUUGUGAAUAUGCAACUGCCGAAUCAGUGGCUUUGGGAUAUGGUUGAUGAGUUUGUUUAUCAGUUUCAAAGCUUUUGUCAGUAUCGUGCUAAGAUGAAGAACAAAAAUGAACAGGAAAUUGCUCUCUUGAGACAGUUCGAUCAGGCUUGGAAUGUUUUUGGUGUUCUCAACUUCUUGCAAGCUCUUGUUGAGAAGUCAACGAUUAUUCAGAUACUAGAGCAAGAGAAGCUAGGGCUUGAGCAGUUCACUGCUAAUGAUGGCUACGAUUACAAUGGGGGUAGCAAUGUCUUGAAGGUUUUGGGGUAUUUUGGUAUGGUUGGCUUGCUGAGGGUUCAUUGUCUCUUAGGUGAUUAUCAUACUGGUCUCAAGUGCUUGCAACCUAUUGAUAUCAGUCAGCCAGGUCUCUACACCAUUGUUAUCGGAUGCCACAUUACCACCAUUUAUCACUAUGGUUUUGCCAAUCUUAUGCUCCGCAGGUAUGUGGAAGCAAUUAGAGAAUUCAACAAAAUUCUCUUGUACAUCUUUAAGACAAAGGUGUAUCAUCAGAAAUCUCCUCAAUAUGAACAGAUUUUGAAGAAGAAUGAACAAAUGUAUGCCUUGUUGGCGAUAUCCCUCUCACUCUGCCCACAGAGCAGGCUUGUUGAUGAAACUGUGAACUCACAGUUGCGAGAGAAGUAUGGUGAAAAGAUGAUUAGAAUGCAACGGUAUGAUGACGAGGCUUUUGCUAUGUAUGAUGAGCUCUUCUCGUAUGCAUGCCCCAAGUUUAUUACCCCUUCAGCGCCCAAUUUUGACGAACCUCUUGUAAAUUACAACCAGGAUGCCUAUAGACUUCAAUUGAAACUGUUCCUUUAUGAAGCAAAGCAGCAACAGUUGCUAUCAGGUCUCCGGACAUUCUUGAAAGUAUAUUCAACAAUCUCCCUUGGAAAACUUGCAAGUUACAUGGAAGUAGAUGAACCGACCUUAAGGACUAUCUUGAUGACAUACAAGCACAAGACUCAUGCUGUUGAUACUGCUGGAAAAGUUAUAUCCAAUGCUGAUGUGGAUUUCUAUAUUGAUGAUGACACAGUUCAUGUUGUGGAGUCUAAACCUGCCAAACGAUAUGGGGAUUACUUCCUGCGUCAGGUGGUUAAGCUUGAGGGAGUGAUCAAUGAUAUGGACAGUAUAAAGCUGGAGUGA